UCUCUCUCACAUCUUCCCACCAACUGAUCCACUUUCAAAUUUCUCUCCCGCAAACUGUGCCCCUUUUUCUUAACCGCUCCACUUUCUCAUCAGUUCAAAUCCAGAAAAAAAAAAAAAAGAAAAAAGAAAGGAGAGAGAAACAGGAAGUGAGUUUAUUCUUUUCUUGUUUCAGCAUUUGUCUCACCCUUCUCCAAAUCUUCGAUUCCCGUUUGUUUGUCAAUGGGAAGAGUUGGAGAAGAACAGACAGAUUUCAAAACCCAGUUGGUGUUGGAAAUUAUCUCCGUUUCCUCACGCUCCAUUGCCUGCCCUCACCAGCAUUCUCACAAGAGAAUUAAAUCGCCUCUCGUCGACUGGUACCGUCUUCUUAGAGUUGAAGAAGAUGCAGAUGCAGAUAUUAUUCGGAGACAAUACCACAAAUUCGCUUUGCAACUUCACCCAGAUAAGAACAAGCAUCCCAAGGCUGAAAUUGCCUUCAAACUUGUAUCAGAGGCAUAUGCAUGUCUGUCUGAUGAUGUGAAGAGAAGAACCUUUGACUCAGAGAGAUGGAGAAGCUUCUGCAGGGACUGCAACAGAAUUCCCUAUACUGCCUGCAAUCCUUCAGCCAAUUCUGGCUCCGCAAAACUGAAGCCAUUGAAUCCUACAAACUGGUCGAGAUAUUACAAAGUUUUUCGAGGUCUGAGAGACAUCAGAGACAGGUUAAAGGAGGAGGCAAGGGUGAUAGAGAAUUGCUUCAAGACCAAUGCAGCAUCAAGAGAAGAGUUCCCACUCUUCAAUCCAUCUGACUAUCAAUUUCAAGGCUAUCCUCACCACAGACCACUCUUUUAUAAGAAGACUGAGAGCCUCUGGUAUUUGCCGGGGUCAAGGGUGACAGAGAACUAUUUGAGGAGCAAUGUGACAUCGAGGAAAGAAUCUCCUCUCUUCAAUCCGUCUGACUAUCUGCACCAAGGCUACCCUCACUACAGGACACGGAGUUACCAGAAACCUGGGAUUUGGUAGUUGCAGACAAGAAACUUACUGAACUGGGAAUAUGGAAGAGGAGUGAGAUGUUGCAAUUUGUUCAGGAUCAAAUCAGAAGGCAACUAUUCAAUUGCUAAUCCAAAUGUCUUAAUUAAUAAUAGGAAUUCAGUAGAACCAUGUUCUAUCCACAAAAUCACAGUUUGAUUGACGCAUUUUUCAUGUAUUCAGCAAUUUUCUAUGGCAAAUGGAAUCACAAAGAAUCAUCUGAUGUUAUGCUUA